UCUGGCUUCUGCUUCUCAGCCGGUGGACUACGAGAUGAACCGGGCCUUCAUGCUGACCGUGGUGGUGUCCAACCAGGCUCACCUGGCCAGCGGCAUACAGUCAUCCCUGCAGUCCACAGCGGGGGUCACUAUCUCUGUGGUGGACAUCAACGAGCCGCCGUUCUUUCCGUCCAACCCCAAGCUGGUGCGCUUCGAGGAGGGCGUGCCCGCCGGCACCACGCUCACCACCUUCUCCGCCAACGACCCCGACCGCUUCAUGCAGCAGAUAGUCAGGUACUCCAAACUCUCCGAUCCAGCAAACUGGCUCAGCAUCAACACAACCAAUGGGCAGAUCAUAACGAUGGCCAUGCUCAACCGAGAGUCCAUUUUUGUGAAGAACAACAUCUAUGAAGCCACGUUCUUGGCAGCAGAUAAUGGAUCUCCCCCAGCUAGCGGCACGGGAACGCUGCAGAUCUACCUGAUCGACGUGAACGACAACGCACCCGAGCUGCUGCCCAAGGAGGCUCAGAUCUGCGAGCGCAUCAGCGCGCACGGCAUCAACAUCACGGCCGCCGACGCUGAUGUCGACCCCAACGUGGGCCCCUUCAUCUUCGAGCUGCCUGCUUUCCCCUCCAGCGUGCGUCGCAACUGGACCAUCUCCCGGCUGAACGGUGACUACGCCCAGCUAAAUCUGCGCAUCCAGUACCUGGAGUCCGGCGUGUACGAUGUGCCGGUGAUCGUGUCCGACUCGGGGAACCCACCUCUGUCCAACAGGUCCGUUAUCAAGGUGAAGGUGUGCCCAUGUGACGAGAACGGGGACUGCACCACCGUGGGGGCCGUGGCGGCGGCCGGCCUGGGCACUGGAGCCAUCAUCGCCAUCCUCAUCUGCAUCAUCAUACUGCUCACCAUGGUGCUCCUCUUCGUGGUGUGGAUGAAGCGCAGGGAGAAGGAGCGGCAGACCAAGCAACUGCUGAUCGACCCGGAGGACGACGUGCGGGAUAACAUCCUGAAGUAUGACGAGGAGGGUGGCGGGGAGGAAGACCAGGACUAUGACCUGAGCCAGCUACAGCAGCCUGAAUCCCUGGACCACAUCAUCAGCAAGCCACCGGGGGUCCGGCGGGUCGACGAGAGGCCCGUGGUUCCGGAGUCGCAGUACCCCAUCCGGCCAGUGGUUCCGCACCCAGGGGACAUCGGGGAUUUCAUAAGCGAGGGCCUGAGAGCGGCUGACAACGACCCCACAGCGCCUCCCUACGACUCGCUGCUGGUCUUCGAUUACGAGGGCAGCGGCUCUACGGCAGGCUCGGUCAGCUCUCUGAACUCCUCCAGCACCGGCGACCAGGACUACGACUACCUGAACGACUGGGGCCCGCGCUUCAAGAAGCUGGCCGACAUGUACGGCGGCGGCGACGAUGACUAGGCCUCGGGCGGCUCAGCGGCGCCCACUGCCACAGACAGAAACCAAGCCACACUACCGAUUUGGGCACCAGUGAGGACUGUACAAAGAGGCAGCUUCGUAAUUUUUCCCCUCCAGCUGACUGUAACUCAAAAAUUCUUUUCAUUAUUUUCUUUGUUCAUUUUCUUUCUUUUGGCGGCAAAUUUUUCUGUUCGUUUCCAUUUAGUCUACAUUAAUUUCCAGUCAUCGUAGAUGAAAGCUGUCUACUAGCACGGGAAAGCAUAUGGCCCCCUUCUUCCCAGCCCCAGCCCAUACACACACUCCCCGCACUGCAGGGGGGGUGUAUUUUUUCAUCACUAGAGUGUGUGAAGAGGCACUCUUUCUUAACGUAACUUGAAUUCCUUAGAACAGAAGCACUGUUGUUAAAGAAAGUGCCUUUUUGGUGUGUUUUAUCGGACUCCCACUAUCUCAGGAUCGGUAGCCACUGGAAUGGCUUUGUGUGGCACGCUAGCAAGCCCCCCACCCCACCCCACCCAGCCCCCAACCACACACUCAUCCCAAAAGACUCUGCAACACGGGGAAGUAAAACAAAAUUCAAUGAUAGUUGCUGUCCGGUUGCCUUUUUGAUGGCGGCAAACAAAAGAAGCUCAUUGGGAUUUUGCAGAUAAUAGUGACUUGUUAGUGGGAGUGUUUGAAAUAGGAGCAUCCAGCCUGAGACAGCCAGCCUGUAGGGUAUAAAGGUGCAAACCGUAUCUCUGUCGCUUUGCACUCCGUGCUCCCGCUGACAGAGCAUAGGUGCAGGUCUCUCCUUUUGUAAAGGCCUGAACUGCUUUCUAAAAAAAGAAAAAGGAGGAUGGCUUUUUUCUAUAGAAAAAGUGUGUUUUUGGUAUAUCAGUUAGAAAAAUGCAUGACCCUGCUAUCCUUAAAAGGUCUCAUUAUAGUAUUGAUAACUGGUCAGGUGAAGGAGGUCUGAGAACAAUCACACUGUAACGGGAAAAUGGGACAAAUGUACAAUACAAUUUCCAAACGUUCGGAAGACCCUCUAGAAUAGCCUUUUACCGGACUUUUACCGAUAGCAUCCUCUCACGGCUGGUCGUUCACAUCUUUGACUGCCUAACGGAUAUUUGGGAGGUCGGUAUACAAAACGAAUCGAUUUUAUACACCCCUGCUGACACGUUUUUUCGCCUUCUGAACUCACCAAGCUAAUGUCCCCUUCUGUUCUGAGGCAGCCAAUAACUCGUUAUGGUUGGCACCGGUGAAGGAAUUCUCUCUUCUCAUCUAAAAUGCUGGUUGCACACAAUCGAAAUAGCCGUACCUUACCGUCGGAGUUAAGCUGGCCCUAGUCAUUGAUACUGUCUAUCACAAUGACUAUAGUGCCCAUAAAGAGCCAUUCUGUCCUCUUGCAAGGACCACAAUACCCAUGAAUAGCCAUUCUGAUGAUUAGAGCUCGACAUCCUCAGUGAGCUGUGGUGGAAACAAGACUAAAGCGCUUUAACUAUAUUAUAUGCAAAUUCUUUUCAUGCGUCUCUCAGUUUUCCAUUCCUGUGGUUAUGUCCACUCACCCACUCACCCCCGUAAGAUAACUUCUUCGUAGAUGCCCUCCUUCGUUCUGUUUCGAGCUCUGCUCCGGGGGCAGGCUGAGGACGGGUGAGCGAGAAGCCACGGCCCAGCAGGGCGGGAGCCGUCGUACGCCGCCCCCGACCCUCGGCCGUCUUCGCGUGAUUUUCGUGAGUAGCUGUUUUGUCUGUGUGUGACGUGUUAUAUAGAGUAACGAUAUGGGGGAGGAGUAAAAAGUGUCAUUUCGACUGGAGACUCCCAUGGAAGCCCCUUGUUGGCUAUGGUCGUUGAGCUAAGAAGAUUCUCAUUCCGGCACAGUGGUUUCAAUUAGAUUGAUGAGGAAAUAGGGGGUUUUAUUCCACCAGCAGUUUAUCUGCAAAUUAAGCAGAUGAUUAAUCCCCGGAGAUAAUCUCUUUAGCUAAAAGGACCCUAAAUCACCAAUGAGAAAUGGGCGGACUCUCGCCAUUAAGGCAGAGCCCGGUUUCUGCACCAGUGCCGCCUUGACCUCCUUCUUCAUAAUUCUACUUUUUGACUGAAACAGACGAAAAUGUCUGACGGAGCAAGGCGAGGGGGCGCUGAAUGGGUAUUGUGGAGCUCAGGGGAAGCUCCCAGCGGUCUUACAGGAGCGUCUUAAAAAGUCUGGUUAAUGAAGUGCCACAGGGGCAGAGCUGGGUGAAGCAGGGACACCGCUGUGGUACGACAAUGCCUCGUGGUAGCCAAGCAACGGCAUGUCACCGCAUUGUCACCGCGAGCACCGCCAACACAAUCUUAUCGCUCUAUAACAGUUCAGCGGUUGUGUAACAGACAGGGAGGCGAAAGCAAGGCUGACAACACUGCUUGAUGGCUUUUUGAUAUAUUCUUUUUCUUUUUUUCUAUGAUGCAGUGUAUUUUAAUGCAUGUACUGGGUAAAUAGUCGUUUUCAUAUAUUAUUUACGUCUUUAAAAAAAAAAAAAAAAGAACCAUGCCGUGUAUAUAAACUUUUUUAGACAAUCCAUUAGCGGCUUUUGUACUUUUUUGUACAUUCUCUCAGACAUUCUAUCCAGUGUAUCGUUUCGUUGUUAACUCUAAUAGCUGCCAUCAGUUCCCAAAAAUACAUCUGAACCUGAAGCUUCAUGCUUAUCUGUCGUUAUACUAUACACUCUCUUAUUGUUGGAAGUAGUGGCGCAGAGAAAGUGGAUCGUCCAGGACCUCUAAAUACACAGGUAAAUUUAGUACCCUUGCCUACUUUAAAUUCUGUGCAGACAGGUAUCUGCACCACACUUCACUUCCGCAGCAACAUGCUGAGUGUGAAAUCCGUCCCUAGGCCAUGGAAGAGAUAGUAUAUCCCCAGGUAGGCAUUGAACGCUCCUCAGAAGAGUGGUCCUCUUUCGUUUUAAUUGAGCCCUCUCUGACAGUAAACCGUCUUUGUUAAGUUGCCGACCUGCCCCAGAACACGCAGUAAGGACUGCGUAAGCCUUAAUGAAUUCAAGAAGAAGCUCGUGUUAAUUAACUUAUUCUAUGAUUUUUUUUCCCCCACUAUAUUUCUGCCUGUGUAUUUGACUUUUAUCUUGACCCUAUAAAAUGUGUUCCGUGUUACUUGCAUUUCUGUGCUUUGCUAAAUAAUACAGAUUCCCAUGUUCUUUUAUAAUACCUUGCUUGACCUUUGCAACCAUGCUUUCCAAGGAAAAUAUGCUUUGAUUAAGAAGUACCUCAUUAGGCAAAUACAUAUAUGCAUUUUGUCUGAAGCAAAUCAGUAGAUGAGAGCUUCUCUCUCAUCUCUCAGCUCAUACUUUGCACCAUUUAUUAGGAAGUCAGCAGUUAAAAGGUCACGUCUGCUUAACUAACUUUGUUGGCAAGAGUUGAGUAAAAUUGUCUUUUUAUUCAUAUAUUCAGUUUCAGUAAUAACAGCUUUAAUGACCAUGGAGGCUAGACGUGUCCGGCACGUCUUGCCCUUCUCAGGACAAAAACAUUACUGACCAUUUCCCAAUCAAUAUGAGUCUGCCAGCUCUCCCAUUCUUAAUACGACGGAACACAAAAAUUUUCCAAAAUUUCAACUGGAACUCCCCCUGAAGUCGGACUUCCUACUUGGAAAGUUGGAGAAAUCUACAUAACCCUGACCUCAGAAUUCAAGAUGGCUGUGCCCUUUAUCAACAGAAGUUAAAACUGUAGUUAUCUACUGUGUAUUAGCAAUUACGUCUUAUUUGUGGCCCAUUAAAUCGUUGUUCUCAUAGCACUGUCUGACCACAAUCUGUGGACAUGUUGCUAUGGUGUUUUUAUGCGCAAAAUAACGCAUAAUGUGUUGUUAUGAACUGAUAUUGCUAACAAUGGCUAACAAUUAACCGGGCUAGAACUGAGGCCUGUUACAGAACGCAGGAUUUCUUGCUUUGCCAGAUUUAAGGUAGUUUGGGCUAGAUGUAAGUGUACGAAGAUAAACGGCAUUUAAACUGAGGUAAAUUAAACCCGACAAAUUAUUGCUUCUUCAUAUGGGUCCCUGGUACUGCUAAAUGGCUUUCCGACCUGCUGAACUGGAAAGCGGUUAACUCUAGUGUGACUCUAGUCAUUCCCAGCUCCAGCAUCCGACCAACGUAGUAAAUGGAACACAGCAUAAUAUCAGUGUUUGUGUUAUCAGAGUAGGGUGCCAUGUCAAACAAUUACCCCCCAUCUAUUGAACCAGGCAAGAGUGACUUUUGACUUUUGCAGGAAAGGUGCAUGGGUUAAAAAUCAAAGGAGUGGAGGUGGCAUCUUCAGAAAGCUUCCUGUGGUAUGAAAGAAAAUAAAAUAAAUCUGGGUGAAGAAGUUAAAGAAGUAAGCAAGUAACUAGCAAAUACAUAACUAAAGAAAUAAAGAUAAAGAGCCACAGUCCAAUGGUAUCGUAGGUUCCUUUACUUAGAAUUUAUUUUGGGGUGUAAGAUCUUAUCUAACACAGAAACCACACUCUUCAUUUGAGCACCCAUUCAAACAAGUUUUCUCAUACUUUAUCACGAUCAUGAAUUCCAACACAGCCAACCCCCACCCUGACAUAUCACUCCAGUACAUUGCACAGACAUGCAAGAGUGUCAGUGCAUGUGGACAACUGAUCACCCCCCCACUACAGAUCAUACGGUGUGCAGACGGAGACACCCAGGGACUCCCCUUCCUUGGCGGCUGAGGUCAGCCAGAAGGAAACUCCCUCUUCAAAGUUUAAGAAAUUGUCUAAUUGGAGUCACCCAAUGUUACUCACUUUUGUGUGUACAUAAUGUAGUAAUUGCUUGAAGCUAAAAGAUCAAGUUAGGCAAAUAUACAUGUACAAUUGGAACUUUUUUUGCAUGUGUCUUUUUAUAAUGGACAAAGUAAUUACAUAAUUAUGAUCAUACUGGAAAUUGAAAAGAAAAAAAAAAAAGAUGUAGCAACCCGCAUGAUCGUGGUUGUUUUCAGAAGAAAUUCUGAGCUGUACCAUACUGACAUUAAUAUAAAAGAAGACUAACAGACAUACAAGUAAAAAAACACAAUCAUUGCACAGUUAACAAGUUACAGACUUUUUUUUGUAAACUGUCAACAGCACAAAUAUUUUGUAUUGUUGUUUGUAUAAUUUUGUACCAAAAAAUUAGAAAAAAAAAAGGUAUAACUAAAAAGGGAAAGAGUUUGUUUUAAGCGUGUGUUUUUAGUGCCACUGCAACCUUGGUUCCAAAUACAUGAGCAGCCUUGCUGAUUAAUGGUGUAAAAUAAAUGCUGAUAUGGUGGCUUGACACCAGGUCUCUUGUGUUAUAAAUAAAGUCCCCUCCUUUUAAAAUGCC